AUGAAGGUCGCCAAUGUCCUCUCCUCUCUGUUGGGAGUUGGUCUCCUGUCCGCCGACGCCGUCUUGGCCAAGGACAGACGCCGUGUCGGUGUCGAGAUCAAGAGCCCUCUCAAAGGCGUCAACUUCCAGCGCAUCAAGGCCUUUCGUGAGGCUGCCCCUGAUGAGGUCUCUGGCCGCACCCAGAAACUGAAGCCAUUCCAUGGCAGAAUCACCGGCCACAACGCCGCCACUGCCUUGGGCGCUGCCCAGCCUCGAGAUCUCUCUUCCAGCUACCAGAACAUCACAGCCUUGUCUCCUUGGGGUACUCAAUAUGCUGUCGAGGUUACCUGGGACGGCAAGCUCAUCAACAUGAUCUUCGACACCGGCAGCAGCGACACCUGGGCCACCAGUUCCAAUCUGACGUGUACCAACCUGUCAGGCACUGCUGUCUAUUCCCCUGAAUCUUGCGGCUUUGGACCGGACAAGAUUAACGACUUCAAAUAUGGCCCCGUCGAGGAUGUCCACUUCGCCUUGAGCUACGGUUCUGGCGAGCGAGUGUCCGGGCCCAUGGGUUACAGUGACAUCGAAGUAGCCGGCAUCGUCGUCAAACAACAGCAGGUCGGCCUGGCCAACAAGACGUACUGGAUGGGCAACAACUACACCAACGGUGUUCUCGGUCUUGCCUAUCCCUCGAUCACUAGUGCUUUCACUGGCGACAUGAAUGAGGAUCGCCCUGCUUUCCAGGUUCCAUACUCGCCCUUCUUUACCAGCAUGGUUCAGCAAGGGCUCUCUUCAGACGCCUUCAGCGUUUCUCUCGUCCGCAAUUCGUCUGGCGUAAUUGGAUGGGGUGGCCGCACUGGUCUGCCAAUCACUGGCCCCACGGCCUACACCGAUCUCAUCAUUACCAGCAUCAACUCACAGCGUCCCGACGGUAGCUGGCAAUACUCGUACUACACCAUCCUCGUCGAUGGCUUGCGUUGGGGAUCCACGAGCGACACCAAGAAGUACCUGUACAUUGUCGACACUGGCACGACGCUUAUGUACGUGCCUCCGCCCACAGCCGAGGCUAUUGCCAGAUCUUUCUCCCCCAGUGCCAUCUACUUGUUCCAGUAUGGCGGAUACUUCGCCCCUUGUGAUGCCAUUGCUCCCAAGAUAGCCGUCAUCAUCGAAGGCGCAAGCUUCUUCAUCAACCCCGUGGAUCUCAUCUACCGCGGACUGGUGGACCCUCUCACGGGUUACUGCCAGAUUGGUAUUACUACCGGUGGCAAGGGUCCGUACAUCCUGGGUUCAGUCUUCCUACACAAUGUCGAAGCCUACUUUGACGUUGGUGCUGGUCAGGUUCGCUUCUACGGUCGCGAAACCUACGGUGCCACUCCUCAGCUCCCCGAGAAGCUGUUCAACAAGAUUGGGGAUGAAUUUGCUGGGCAGGUCAGAGACAGCAGCAGUUCCAGCGCAGGCGGUGUUUCCACAGUGGACGAGACUGAAACCAGUGCUCGGGUCGGGACUUAUCGGAGUGGCGAGGAGGGCUUAUCGAGUUCUAGAGUCCUUAUCGAUAAGGCACCUCAGCCCCUCGGCAACACUUACUCACACCUCACCGACUUCCUUCCAAGCGAUACCGACCUUGCUGCUGCUGCUGCUUCGGAGGCCAGCUCUCUCCUUCUUUUCCCCUCUGCAGAUUUCUUUUCGGCCCUCUUCCUGUAUCUCUUGCACCACCUCUUCUUCGCCGUCACGGUCGUAUCGUCUCAACCCCCAUCGUUUGCGGUGUGCGGCGGUUACUCGGCAGUCGCUGUACCGAUCUUUUGGAACCCCUCCGACAUCCCCCGUGGUCGGCAACAAUUCUGGGAAAAAGACUGGAAUAGUGUUCUUCCGACCUGA